UGUCCUCCACCGGAGGUGGUGCCGGUUUCGGUGAUCGGCGAUUCCGACCGCGUUGGUCUAGGGGAGCGCGGAGGCACGGCGAGAUCCGCCGGCUCCGCCGUCCGCGCCUAGCGGGUAGAGGGGGGGCGAGGCAGGGAACGUUUCUGCGCGAGCUCUGCUUCCCGGUGGGGAGCGGCGCGAGGCGGACGCGGUUCUGUGUCGCGGCAGCGGCCAUGGAGCGGCGGGAGCAGGCGGUGGUGCCGGUGGAGCGGUUGGCCGGUGUCACGCGGGAGCGCUUCCUCAGCGACAUCUACCCCCGGAGAAAGCCAGUAGUGCUGAAAGGAAUGGAACUGGGCUCUUGCACAACCAAAUGGACAGUAGAUUACUUGAGCCAAGCUGAAGGAUCUAAAGAAGUAAAGAUUCAUGUUUCUGCAGUGCCACAGAUGGAUUUCCUCAGUAAGAACUUUGUGUAUAGAACUUUGCCUUUUGAUGUAUUUGUACGAAGAGCAGCUGAAGUCAACCACAAGGAGUACUUUCUUUCUGAGGAUGAAAAGUACUAUUUGCGAUCAGUGGGUGAAGAUGUUAGGAAGGAUAUUGCAGAUAUCAGAAAGCAGUUUCCUACUUUGGCAGAAGAUGUUCAGAUUCCAGAUUAUUUUGAGAAGGAACAGUUUUUCUCUAGCGUCUUCCGCAUCAGCUCAGCUGGACUGCAGUUAUGGACACAUUAUGAUGUCAUGGAUAACUUCUUAAUCCAAGUAACAGGGAAAAAACGAGUUGCUUUGUAUAGCCCUCGAGAUGCACCGUAUUUAUAUUUAUCAGGCACUAAGUCGGAGGUGCUGGAUGUGGAUAACCCAGACUUAGAGAAAUAUCCCCUUUUUGUGAAAGCCAAGCGCUAUCAAUGUUUUCUGGAAGCAGGAGAUGUGUUGUUUAUUCCAGCUUUGUGGUUCCACAAUGUAAUUUCUGAGGAAUUUGGAGUGGCCCUGAAUGUCUUUUGGAAGCACCUUCCUGCUGAUUGCUAUGAUAAGAAUGACACUUAUGGGAAUAAAGAUCCCAUGGCAGCCUCUAGAGCUAUACAGAUCUUGGACAGGGCCUUGAAAACACUAGAAGAACUACCCGAGGAAUAUAGGGAUUUUUAUGCUCGGAGAAUGGUGUUACGCAUCCAAGAAAAAGCCUAUAGGAAUGAUUACGGAUAAAACACAUUUUAAUUCAGCAAGCUCCUGUGAAAGUAGAAUUGUAUAUUAAUAUGGAAACUGUCCAUGUGUACAUACAUAAGCUUUCUGUAUGACCAAUAAAAACUCUGUUGAUGAACAUUCAUCUAUAACAAAGUUUGUCUGGUAGACUUUUAGAUUUAUUUUCCCUCGUGUGCAGUGAGUGCACAGUCUGCUUGGUCUGGAGUCGCUCUGUCUUCUACAAGGAGGUAUAUAUUUCAGUGCCUGUACUUACAACUCUACUUUUUUGGAGUGUUCUACUUAAAUUUUUCUUAACAAAAGCCUUUGUAUCGGGCUGGGCUGACAGCAUGUAUGCUUAGAAGUAACUGCAUGUCUUUCUGAAUGCUAUCUCGUUUACUAAAGUUUAGGAAAGCCAGAGUGGUUUCUGAGGUGGUCAGUGAAAGCCAAUUGGUGGUUGGUUGUAACAGUCAUGGUUUCUUUGAGUAAUAACCUGGUAGUAACGGGGAGUUUCUGCUCCCCCUUGUGAUGCAACUGAGUGGUCAUGGGAAAAAAGCAAAAGCUAAUCAUGCAAGGCUAAGCCUGGGAUUGUGCAGCAGCUUGACCUCAAGGUAAAAUGAUUUACUCCUUUCCUAGCUGAAUUGUGUAUUAAGCAGGAAACCUUGUUUGUCACUGUCCCAGUGCAGUCGGGCGGCAUUGCUGUUUCUGCAGCUGUGAAACACUUGCAUCUAAUAUGCCCACAAAUCCAUACAGCUACAGUCUUGAAAUAUGAAAUUAAGUUCCUAGUUAUGGAGUAGAUGUAGAAUCUCUCGGGGGCAGUAUUUGAGAUGCACUAUGUUAUCAUGAAAGGGGGUUGCAUCACACCUUUUCGGAUGGAGCCUUUUGUACAGGCAUUGUAGAUGGUUACUUUUCAGCAGAUUGCGGUGCUUACAAAAGCCUUGUGAAAUAAAGAUGGGCAUAUCACAGAAAAGAUAGGUUGUCAUUGUCCCUUUGAAAUCCCUCCGAUGUUACUUGUGCUGUUUGGGGCACGCUGCAUUUAUCUGACUUAGGUCAGUCUGUUACUUCUAGCAGUGUUUUUUGAGAACUAUAACUUGUCAGAAGCUCUUAGACUAAAGCGAUAUGUAGUGUUAAUAAAGUGAUGGGGAAAAAAUCUUUCUCCAGAAGAGUUGGAGACUGCAACACUGUGCAGAUUAUUCUUCUAAACCUGUUCUUCUUGGCAGUUCAACACAGUGAAAAUAGUCUGCUACCAUGUGAAUGGGCACCCGGCCAUCUUAAUGAAUAGGCUUGAAUGGAACCAGCCAAGCGAUUCAGAUGGGCAUCAUUGUAUGUUCUGAGGGUAGAAUUUAAAUUUGGGUUCACAAAUAGGUCUCCCAAAAUUUUUGUUCUAAACCAAACAAGGACUGCUUGUGCAUACUGCUGAGACACAAACUGUUAGGCUGGGGAAGCCUCUUGCCUUUGUUUGGACUGGUAAUGUCGAGGGCCCCAUCUGAAUUGCAGAGGUGUACAGAGCAUAUUCUUUGUGUGUUAGGACUAAAUGGAGAGGCUCAGAGAGCUUCCAGGGCUAGACAAAGCUGUGUUCCAGCAUUGUGCCUGAAUAGCUAUCCCUUUAAACUCUAACCACCGGCAGUUUCUCAAUAUGCUGGUACAGGGAAGUACUGUGCUGAUCCCUCAUUCUGCUGUUUCUUAAUUCUCCAUUCCCAAAACAGAGGUACUAGCUUGGUGUUCUCAGCAGCCCUCAACAUUCAUCUAUAAAUAAAGCAAGCUUCAUUUACCAGCAGUCAGUGCAUGAGCAAUCUGCUUAUGUCUCAGCUUGUGAGAAGUUGUCCUGGUUCAGAAUUCCUGUACGUGAUUCUUUUCUCCUCUAGCCAAAAAUGUAUCUUUCCAAACUGGAGACUUGGAUGUCUCCGUGCAGACAACACAGGAGUUGAAGAUACAUGUUCUGAGACAGUAACUUUUACAAGAGAUUCUCUGUUAGUAUCAUUCAAUAACCAAAGAUUCCAGUGUUCUAGGAUAGAUGAAAUACUAGAUUUUUUUUUUUGACAGUUACCUAAGUUUGUGGUACACUUGUAUGCUAAGAUUUCCUGUUUUCCUUUGGAUCAGACUCUAGGAGUGAGGAUAGAUUCUGAGCUGUGUGGUAAUUCCUGAGAGUAAUGAUCUCUUUUAAGUGGUGAUUCCCAAGGGAAACAAGAGUGGAUUACUUCCUUUCCAACUGCUCAGAUCCAGACCUGUUCCUAGUCAACAUUUUUAAGAGCAGAUUGAAAACAUUAAAAGAACUGCUCAACCAUGUAAAACAUGCAGCUCCACGUGCACCGCUGUGUUCAUACAAAAAAGCUCAGAAGCUCUUGCUUGCAAUAAUAACACAGAUCAUGGUUAUGGACAGUUUUUGCUGUGAAAACAUUCAUAUUUCAGCUGUCGAGCAGUGCAUGAAUCGCUUAAAACUUCAAUCACACAAAAUCAAUGCAUUUCUUAUGAUGGGGAAUGAGAAAGAAGGGCUGUGCAGAGAGCAUGUAAGGUAUGCUUACAUACCUUACUUUAUCUGACACCCAGGCUUGGGAGUAUUGCUCAGAGUAUAAACUCUGGUGUGGGAGAGACAAAGAGCCUUGUUUUGCACUUCAGCACUGGUAUGACCCUUGACUGUUUUCUGUGUCUUGCAGCAGAGCUUUCGCUAGAAACAACUCAGCUCUGAAGUGCCAAGUUUAACAAAAGAAACUAACAGUUGUGACUGAAAGUGCUCUCUGAAAACUUAAGAAAAGAAGGAAAAUUUAUUCUCAACCUUAAAGUAAUGGCAUUCUGCUCCUUUUCAAGUAUGUGAGAUGUUUAUAUACAUGAAGUAAAAACCAGAUAAUUUAUUUUUCCCUUUUGUUUUACCAGAUGCUUUUCUGGUGAUUUGCUUAAGUAGAAUUUGGCAUUCCUUGGGUCAUUUAGAAACAUAUAACGAAGCCCUAAUGACAGGAAACAACAACAAAGCCAUCACUACUUUAUAACCCACACUACAUUACAUGCAAAAUGACUGCCUGAAUCAGUUUUCCACGGUUUCUAAAGUGAUGUGGAACAGCUAAUCCUGUGCAAGUGUUUUUUGUCAGAGGGAGGAGUGAAUUAUGCCGAUAAUCCUGACUAAAUUUAUUCUAUCAUCAGUAAGUGUAUGCCUGGCACUGGGAGAAGCAGUGCCUGUCCUGUCUACCACAUAGGCAUUACAGGAUUUUGCAUUACUGGCUUAACGACUUCAUGUUUUUUAUUUGAGUUAAAAACAGUCACCCUUCAUCUGAACAGAGUUAAGAGAUCAAGACGACCAACAGAAAGCCAGCUUUAGUCUUAAGGUCUCCAUCAGCAAUAUUUAAAUGUGUCUAAAUUUUCAUCAGGUUGUGAGCACCAGAAGUGAACUUUUGUUUUUUUUAAUCUACCAUCCAUACAAAAAAGAAUUGGAUUUCAAUGUAAGAUUAAAAAUACUGUGAAGAAGUAACUCCAAACGUGAUUUGAAGCGCUCUCUCUUGUGGCUUGCAGUCUAAGAUAUGGGCCUUUCCUCUUCUAUUGCACAGGAACAUGUUUGUGAACUCUACUAGCCAGGGAUGUACCUAAAAAUGUGGCUCACAACACAUCACACACCUCUCAGAAUUUUUACUGUUCUUUAACUUCUCUCUUGUAUUAACUGGUAAGACCCCAUGAAAUUUAAAAUGAGCAUUCAAGGUAAAUGGAUGGAUAUACUUUAACCUCAGUGCUUCAACUUUCAGUCUGUACAAGACAACAAAUAUUAUUUAUCUGCAGAGAUGAAGGAAGUCUUAGCUUAGCAAAGACACCAUUGUAAGAAGCACCAUACGAGGGAAGAAAAACCAGACAAUGUUUUCUUUCUGCAAAUAACUCAAAAAGAACCUGUUGGGAAAAUCUGAGUGCAUGAUCAUGAACAAUCACUUUUAGCUGUGAAUAUCCACAGCUGUAACAUCUUAACUCCCAAACUGACUUAGCAGUCUUAUUUAAAAUAAUUUCUAUAUCUAUUUAAAUACACACCACUCCUGUUAGUUGCAUCCAUCAGCAAUAAUAAUUUAGUAAGGUAGAACAUGGUGAGCUCACCAUAAAGUGCUUGUGCUAACAUAAGGGAGGCAGCAGGAUGUUAUCAAUGGGAGGACAGAAAAGAUUGGUCCUUUCAGCAACAUGUUAAGGCUUGGACCCUUUAUCACCUUUCAGAAUUAGAGGCCAAUACUGAUUUAUGCAGCAGCAUUUACAGAGAUGCAAUUAUAUUAGUCCUAGAUAUGAAGAAGAUUACUGAAGUUUCUAGUAUUUAAGAUGCACACAAAAUCAACUAAGUCAUAUAGAAAUCUGGACAAUUUCACAGAAUCAAGCCUUGUUUUAAAGGAAUUUAACAGCACAGCCUAAAACGUUUUAGCAUUUCUCAAAAUCUGAAGAAUGUCUAUUGUAUAAGAAACAAAUAUGUAAUAUGAAGAAUACCAGCUAUUACGGACUAUUGUACAAAGGACUGUGUAGUGUGACUCACUCCGUUCAAAACCAGAAAUGUCUUGAACUAAACCUCUGUAAGCAUGAGACUCACGGAACUUUAGGUAUUCACCUCUAAGCUUAUUAAAAACUGCCUUUACAGUUAACAUCAAGAAACAGGGAUAUACAAACUAAGACCCAUUUCGUCCUAACAUGGAAAUGCUCACACCCUUGGGUACUUCAUGCCAGCUUUUCCAUGUACAUGAGAUGCCAGUAAGUUGUUCUAGAGUUACAGAUGCUGACGACACACUUUUCUUCCUUGAAGAAAAGCUAACAAAUAAAUCCAAUUUUUUUUAAACUAGGUCUCUACAACGCCUGAUAAAGCUUAAUCCACAAAACUUAACUGCACAUUCCUUGUUUAAUGGCUUUGCAUUCACAUCAAAGUGGUUUCACCCAUUAGAAGUAGUUUAUUUUCUACCUGGUUUGCAGAAGUUAUUAUUAGCAUGCUUUGUAGUGAAUGACAGAGGCACAUUCCAACAGAGUACUACAACUGUUGAGAGAAUGAAAAACAACCAGUCAGUUUUCCCUCCACAACAUGAGGUCUCACAACAAGAUUAGUUUUACAACAAAGAGCUUAGUCUUCAAAUUAAUACAACACUUGAGCCUAUUCUAUUUAACAGUUAUUGUAAGCAGCCUCCAUCAAACAGGAGGCUGUUUGUUAAUAUUUUCACAGGACAGCUAUCUAGAAACUUCUGAAGACAAUGUCAAUAUUUUAAUAGCUGUUUCCAAAAGCUUGCAACAACCUACUCCUGUUUUGGCAGAAUUGUUUAGAAAUUGGUCUGUGAUAUGCGCUGUUACUGGAUAGAGCAAGUUUUAGCAUACCCAAGUUAGUCUGGUCAGUUUAAAACUGAGAGGGGAGCUAGAUCAGGGCUGUGUUCUGGGGUUUUUGUUGUUAUUUUUUUUAAAGUUUACUUUAUGAGUGGAUAAUUAAAGAUAUUUAAAGCUAUUUGUAGGCUUCCUAUUAAAACCACUUGGUUAGGUGACCCGUAUUUCCUUUACAGAACAAAGAGGUGUGCAACCUCUGCAAGAGUUGUGAAAACGCUGUCUCCAGUGAACCGUGUAAGUUUUAAUGAUGCCAAUAGAAGAAAGAUGACUCAGGACUUUCUUCCCACAGUGUCACAGGAAGCAAGAAGCAGGGGAAAGAGUUUGCUAAGCCAUCAAACACAGGAACAAAGUGAAUAUAAUGCGUUUUUCCAGAACUGAGCCACGAUAGUUUGGGUAAUCUUCACAGUGUUUUGUUAACUUGCUUUUGUAUCCCUAUACUUCUAGAAAACCCGAAACCAUUUUAAGCUACUGGUUCACUGUUAAUAGCUGCAGUUGUCUUUAAGAGUUAUUCUAAAAUUUAUUUGUAGAUAAAUGGGGAGUUAAUUUUAACAGUAGAAAGGUUCCACUAGUUUAUUCGUUCAUCUUUCAGUAAUUCUUUCUAAAGAACAUGCAGGUUUGGGGCCUGAACUAGAUUAAUCUUUUGUAUCUGAUUAGUCCAGCUUUGUGUUUAAUUAAAGGUGGGGUUUUUUCCUGUAUGAAAACUAGUCUGUGAAAAUAGAUUUUUGUGUGGCUCUAAAAGCAAUUAGUGCAAUGCAUUUAAAGGAGAUAAUAGUUUUAAAAACUGAGGCAUUGUGAAACAGCUACAGUCAACAGAGUCUAAAGUUUUUUAUGCAACUUGUAAUAUAUUAAGUACUUACGGCUCUAUUUAGAUCAACAUCAAUGCAACAAUUAGCAAGAAAAACCUCACCAGUCCAACGCAGGGAUAAAGACAGCUCUUGACAUGAAAAUACAGAUAUUACUGCUGGUCUUUCAAGAAGUUAGUCAAAGCAAUAGCCAGGUAUAUUGAAACAGCAAUAAGCUACACACUCAUAAAAAUUCUUGGUCACUUAACAUAGCUACCUCAAAAUUUUCAAACCCCGAGGUGAAAUGUCUUAUCACUAGAACAUAAACACAAUGAAUUAAUGGAGCUUUAUAGCAACAGAAAAGGCAAGGCGCACAUAAGGAAUUAAAAUGGAUUGGCACUAUUAUUCCAAAGGUGAAUAUUUGUGACUUUGUUUCAAUUAGGGGAAACGUUACAAAACUGGAAGAUUUAAUUAACUAAUUAUAAGUUUUCACCAAAAUAUAUAACUAGGAUUCUAACAAGCUCUAACAAUUAAAAUUUUCCUUAAGCCAAAAAACUAACCUCACAUUGGUUAUUGACAAAGACCAAAGCUUUUAACCCUACUAAUACUAAACUGAAGUAUCCUGACAUUUGAAUGUCUUGAGUACUUGAAACUCCCAUUAAAGGCAGUAUAUGACAUUAGACAUCCAAGACUAAAACUUUUGCCAAUAGCUUGAGAAUAAAUGUUCACAUUUAACAAAAAAAA